AUGGAUAUGAGGGAUGUUAAUACAUUUUUAUGUAUCCUUUUGGAGUUUCUGUGGACACUUCUAAAGUCUAAUUAUGAAGUGAUAAAAGCAAUGAUUCGAGUAAUUUUCCCGCCAGAACCCAAAUCCGUGAAAGGGGAUGUUGUUCUUAUAAGCGGAACAGCGCACGGAAUAGGCCGCGAGAUGGCGCUACGAUACGCACGACUUGGAGCAACAGUGGUAUGCGUGGACAUCAACGCUAUUGGAAACCAGGAAACCUUAAUCAUGAUUAAACAGGAGAAGGGAAAUGCUUUUAAAUAUGAGUGUGACGUCACGAAUCGCUCAGCAGUAAUGCAGUUAGCAGAGACGGUAAGCAAAGAAGUUGGUGACGUCACCGUCCUAGUAAACAACGCUGGUAUUAUGCCGUGCAAACCUCUGCUUGACCAAACAGAGAAAGAAAUUAGAUUGAUGAACGACCUUAACGUGAACGCUUAUCUUUGGAUGAUCCAAGCAUUCCUGCCCUCAAUGAUAAGGCGGAACUACGGGCACAUAGUUUCCAUAUCUUCAAUGGCUGGGAUCAUGGGCUUCAAGAACUUAGUCCCCUACUGUGGGUCGAAACAUGCUGUUCGUGGAAUUAUGGACGCCUUGGCUGUAGAAUUACGUAAUGAUAAGAGAGACCUCAGCGGAAUCAAGCUAACAACUGUAUUCCCCUCGAUGGUAAACACUGGACUGUGCCACAAACCUCGGAUUCGUUUUGAAAAGUUACUGAAGCUCGUGGAACCUGGUGAUGCAGCAGACGCCAUAAUUUCCGCGAUGAGGAGAGAUCUCAAUGAAGUCACUAUACCACAGGAUCUACAUUAUGCUAAUAGGUACGUCUACCGUCUAUUGCCAAUCGAAGCAGCACGCCUUUGGACAGAUUUCUUCGACGCAGGAGUCGAUGCCCAUGAUGACUGA